AUGUUGAGCCUGGAAACGUUGGACAACGGCAAACCGUUUGCCCAAUCGUACGCACUCGACGUGCUGGGCAGCGUGAAAGUGUUGCGCUACUAUGCCGGCUGGGCGGAUAAAGUUCACGGCAAAACGAUCCCGAUGGACGGACCUUUCGUUUCGUACACCAGACAUGAACCGGUGGGUGUAUGCGGCCAGAUCAUACCCUGGAACUUUCCCAUACUCAUGUUCACAUGGAAGAUAGCUCCCGCCCUGUCUACCGGCAACACGAUCGUGAUGAAGCCGGCCGAACAGACGCCAUUGACCGCCCUGUAUAUGGCCCAGUUGAUCAAGGAGGCGGGAUUCCCCGCCGGGGUGUUCAACCUUGUGCCAGGACACGGGGAUGCUGGUGCCGCUUUGGUGGACAACCCCAAGGUGGACAAAAUAGCAUUCACCGGCUCAACGGAAGUGGGCAAACUGAUCCAAGCGAAUUCGGGCAAAUACAAUCUGAAACGCACAACCCUCGAAUUGGGGGGCAAGAGCCCCAACAUCAUUCUCGCCGACGUCGAUAUCGAGACGGCUGUGGAACAUUCGCAUCAAGCCGUUUUCUUCAAUCAGGGACAGGUGUGCUGCGCUGGUACCAGGACUUUUGUCGAAGACAAGAUCUAUGACGAAUUCGUCGAGAGGUCCGUGGAAAGAGCUAAGAAACGUACAGUCGGCAAUCCAUUUGAUCCGAAAGUGGAGCAAGGUCCCCAAGUCGACGAAACACAGAUGAACAAAAUCCUGUCUCUCAUCCGAGAGGGGGCCAAACAGGGUGCCAAAUUGGUGCAUGGGGGCGAAAGACACGGCUCAGAGGGAUAUUUCGUCCAGCCCACGGUGUUCGCUAACGUCGAGGACAAUCACAUCAUCGCCAAAGAAGAGAUCUUCGGCCCCGUCCAGCAACUGCUGCGCUUCAAAGAUCUGGACGAGAUCAUCGAGCGGGCAAACGCGACCAACUACGGCCUCGCUUCGGCCGUCUUCUCCAAGGACAUCGACAAGGUCAAUUACAUCACGCAAGGCUUGAGGGCAGGCACCGUAUGGGUCAAUUGCUACAACGUGCUGGGCGCUCAUACACCAUUCGGGGGCUUCAAGGACUCCGGUUUCGGCAGGGAGAUGGGCGAGUAUGGGCUGCAGCAGUACACCGAGGUCAAGAACGUCAUCACCGCCGUACCGGCCAAGAAUUCUUGAUGAGUUUGUGGUACAUACUGUUCGGUUUUCGGUUAGGGUUGCUCGACCUGCUGAACUUGAUUUGGUUGUCUUUGUUUAUCGAUGUGUACAGAGUUGACCUUAGGGAACAUCUAGUUUUGGAGGUUGAGCCAGCACUAUCAAGCAUUUUCAUUUCAUCUUGAAUGGCAGUGGCACGAAUUUAUUACUACCCGAAUAGAAGCAUCUAGAGACAGGACGCACAAUCGAUGCGGUAACAACAGAGAAAAUUUCUGACCGAGAGCUUCGCUUACGGCCGAUCCUGACGAAAGAAAAUCAUUGAUAUAGGGAAUCACUAUCGGCCCCAACAGUAAAUGCCUCCACAUUAUUUUUGUCAAUAACUUCG